UUUUCAGGACGCAAUGCUCAAACAAUUCGAUGGAUAUAAUAUGAACUUCAUGCAUAGAUUGUAGUACAGUUUUGUGUUAAGUAGUGGCACCAGCAACUCUUCAACUCCAUUAUCUUGAUUGCUCAACUCCGACGAGGUAUAAUUAUGACUUAACAACGGAACAUCUAAUCUAUGUUAUGUUUGUUAGAUGAGCCAUUUUUAGUAGUAAGAUUCUUUCUCUACUUCCAUGCCAGCAGUAAAUACUAAUUAAGGAACCCUUGGUGGUGGUUGGAUUCUCUGUGGGAAUUAUGUCCCUUUUCCUUUUUCUUUUAAGUUUGUCGUGUUUUGUUUGCAUUGAUUAUCAUGAUUUAAUGUUCCAUAACCAUUCCAAGAUUAGUGAUGGAAGUUAUACAAGAAAUAGUGAUUGUUGGUGCUGGAAUUGCUGGCCUUACAACCUCUUUAGGACUUCACAGAUUGGGAGUUCGGAGUUUGGUAUUGGAGUCGGCCGACACAUUGAGGACCGAUGGAUUUGCCUUUGCAUUAUGGACUAAUGCUUGGAAGGCAUUGGAUGCCAUUGGUAUUGGACACAAUCUGCGUCAGAAACACAACCAACUCACUAGACUAGUGAGUACAUCAGUGAUUUCUGGGCUACCGACAGCAGAACUGUCUCUUGAACUGUUAGUAUGUGGAUGCAGGGGCAAUCAUGAAGUCCGGCGUAUUAAUAGGAAGGUGCUGAUUGAAUCCUUAAGGAACGAACUUCCUGAAGGAACGAUCAGAUAUUCGUCCAAAGUCGUGUCAAUUCAGGAUUCUGGUUUCUUCAACACAAUUCAUCUGGCUGACGGAACUGUUCUUAAAACUAAGGUGUUGAUUGGGCAUGACGGAGUAAUCUCGGUGGUGGCCAAAUUUCUAGGCUUUAGUAAACCAUCAUCUGCGGGGCGAGCAUCCAUAAGGGGCUACUUAGAUUGUGAGAAUGGCCAAGGUUUUGAGCCUAAGUUCCUUCAGUUUUUCGGAAAUGGCGUCAGAUAUGGUGUCACUCCAUGUGAUGACCAUGGUGUUUACUGGUUUUUCACGUAUAUACCCUCUGCCCAAGACAAAGGCGUAGAAGAAGAUCCAGCUAAGAUGAAGCAAUUUGUACUGAGCAAGCUCGGUAAUACCUCCAACAAGGUCAGGAAUAUCUUUGAACAAACAGAUUUGAACAGUAUGAUAUGGUCCCAGUUAAAAUUUAGACAAGCAUGGGAGUUGCUUUGGGGAAAUAUCAGUAAAGACAAGGUGUGUCUAGCCGGAGACUCCCUACACCCUGUGACACCAGAUAUCGGCCAAGGCGGUUGUUCAGCACUGGAGGAUGGUGUGGUUUUGGCCAGGGUUUUAGCCAAAGCAGUGACACAGAAGCCGAGUGUGGGCGUACAAGACAAUGCUGAAGAAAUCAAGCAGGAGAGGAUGAAGAUGGGGUUGGAAAAGUAUGCGAAAGAGAGAUGGAGAUGUAGUAUAGCUUAUAUGGUUGGCUUUAUACAGCAGAGACGGAUUUUUGGCUGCCAUUUUGUUGAAGAUGUCUGAUUCUGAUUGUGGCAGCAGCAUUGCUGAUUAUUGAAUCUUAUUCUUAUGUAACAUACAGGUCUUGUUUGAUCAAAUUAUAUUCUUUUGCCAAUUUAGUUCCCAUCUGACAUUAUUACCUCAUUUAACCAACAUACAUAUACAUCGCUGACAGAUGACAGAUACAAGUUUCUUUGCUUGCUUCAUUUUUGUUUGUGUUUUAGGGUUUUACUUUGUGUAAUUGCCUAUUUUUUCGUAUCAUUUUAUUGGAGAAAGAAGUGUAAUAAAAGAUAAAAGAGUGUGGAGUAGUGCAUAAGAAACAUAGGAAAAAUGACUAUAUUGCCCACAUCGCUUCUUCAUCCUGAUAUUCCCAGGUUUGGGGUAGUCACUCUACUCAUUCUCUUUUACUGCCUGCUUGGAGAAAGAGACCCCCAAAAGCGAACAACUCCUUCAAUUCUAGGGUUUAUCUUCGAAAUUCUCACACUGAUUCAUCCAAUCUGAG